AUGCUUAGUCUUCGGGGAGAGGGCUUACUGUGCCUGCUGGUGGCUCUUAGUGGCUUCCAGCUAAUUGCCCCACAACAACUGCAGGGUCCCCCUCGUCCCAGGGGGCGUAUACGCAUUGCGGACAUGCAAAUUCCCGCCUCUGCCGGCGGAGUAGCUGCCCCCUCCCUGGGAAAUUGGCCAAGUCUGCCUGCUGCAGGUCCCAUCAGCUCCACGGUGCACACCCACAUUCCUCUGCUGCGCGAGGAGAAGGCCCCCCUGCCGGCCACGCCCAGCCAGGAGGCGGUGGUGUACGGCAACUGGAAGCCAGAGCAUCCGGCGAAACCCGAGGACAUGGAGGCGGAGUUGGAGUCGGAUCAGCAGCCCAGGGAGAGGGAGAGGGUCUACGGGCGAUUGGAGGCCAUGCUCAUGGGGUUUCCGGCAGAUGCCAUUGAUGCCAAGCCGUCGAGUUCCAGUGAAGAGCAGAUCGCUCCCAUAGCACCUGGUGGCUAUCAGAAUCCCUCAUACUCUCGGUCAGCAAGCUUCGAGAGAUCGCCGGAGAAGCAUGGUCGCCGCCGGAUUACCUCUCAGCAAGCGCCACAUCAAUUCGAGGUGGUGAGGGUCAACAACACAGAUCCCAUAUUGAAGACCGUGGCCAAGCAGAUCAACGAUUCCAUAGAGUCUACGACGACGGACAUCCGGAGAAAUCCUCAGCACUCCGCCGACGACAACUGGAUGCCCCUGCCGUAUCCCUAUCCCUAUGAUACCACCAUGCCAGCGCCAGCAGCAACGAGCUCCAUGAUUCCGGGAUUUAUGCAAUCCUCGGUGGUGCAUCCGCCGGCACCCACACAGGCCACUCGGUCUACUGAGGGACUGCUCAACUGGCCCACUGAUUUCAUCGACAGCUCCGCAAACACGGCGAGCACCGAAAGGAUUGACCGGAAUCCACAUGGGAACAUCGACAGGCGCGAUGAGAGCAUCUCGGAUCCGGCAGAUGAGUACAAAUACUACGAAGACUCGGUGAACUCCGCCCAGAUGCACAGUGAGCUCAGUGUUCCGGAGACAAUGCCCCUGAACAUCACCCGGGUGGGCAUCCCUUACGAGGAUCGAAAUGCUUCCGAGGAGCCGACCAUUUGUGUGCCGCUCACUGUGUCGGAGACUUCGCUUUCCUCCGACAGCGUUGUGCCCCAGUUGGUGGAAGUGGAAAGGGUCUACUGCUUCCCCCUCCCCAAAGUGGAGAUUCGGCCUGGUCACGUUCGCCCGCAGGUUGAAGAGGUGACCAGGGAGCAGGAGAUCCAGGAGGCAGAUAUGGAUGUACAACCAACGGAAGCGCCUGUACCUAGUGAUUCCACUGCGGGCGCCACUCGAAGAUCCUUUGGCAUCCUCACACUGCUCCUCAUCAUAGGAUGGAGCUUCCGGCCAGGAAUUCGAACAUAG